AUGGCCGGCCCCAUCACCACGCCGCUGACGACCCUCCUGGGCAUCCAGCACCCCAUCGUCCUGGCCGGCAUGGCCCGGACGUCCGGCGGGGCGCUGGCCGCCGCCGUCUCCAACGCGGGCGGGCUCGGCGUCAUCGGCGGCUUCAUGUACACGCCGGACCAGCUGCGCGAGAUCGUCGCGGAGAUGAAGUCCAAGUUCAGCCGCCCCGGUCUGCCCUUCGGCGUCGACCUGGCGCUGCCCCAGGUGGGCGGCGGGGCGCGCAAGACCAACCACGACUACACCAACGGCAAGCUCGAGGAGCUUAUUGAUAUUACCAUCGAGAGCGGCGCGGUCCUCUUCGUGUCCGCCGUGGGCGUGCCGCCAAAGCACGUCAUCGACAGGCUGCACAAGGCGGGAAUCCUGGUCAUGAACAUGGUCGGGCACCCAAAGCACGCCGUCAAGGCGCUGGACCUGGGCGUCGACAUCGUGUGCCCGCAGGGCGGCGAGGGCGGCGGUCACACGGGCAACAUCGCCAACUCGGUGCUCAUCCCCGCCGUGGUGGACGUGGCGCGGAGCUACAGGCCGCCGAUGCUCAAGGGGUCGACGGCGCUGGUUGUCGCGGCGGGAGGCAUCGCCAACGGCCGCGGGCUGGCCAGCUCCCUGAUGCAGGGCGCCGUGGGCGUGUGGGUUGGCACGCGGUUCGUGGCGUCGGCCGAGGCCGGGUGCAGCGAGCAGCACAAGGAGGAGGUGGUGUCGUGCGGGUACGACGAGACGGACAGGACGCUCGUGCUGUCCGGCAGGCCGCUGAGGCUGAAGCUGAACGACUACAUCCGGGACUGGCACUCGCGGCCGCAGGAGAUCAAGGAGCUGUGCGACAAGGGCGUCGUGCCCAUCGAGAAGGACUUUGACGACGGCAAGGACGUUGAUCUGCCGCACCUCAUGGGCCAGGUGGCUGGGUCGAUAAAGAAGGUCCAGCCAGCUGGUGAGAUUGUAGAGGAGAUGGUCCAGGAGGCCGUAAGCAUGCUCCAGUUGGGAGGAACAUAUCUAAGUGGUGGGAAGAGCAGGCUGUGA